AUGCUUCGAUCUUGCUUCUCUCUCUUCUUUGUCUUUUCUUCUACACUUUCCCAAUUUCGAGAACCUCUUUCUCCCCCAAUUACACUCCACCACGUGGUGGGUGGAAGAAUGGCUCUGCCAUUUCCUUUAUUGGAUAAACGUUAGGCUGUGUUUAUUUUGUUGCUUCAAGUAGAGGAGCGGGACUAGGGCUCAUUAAACUUGGCGUUUCGGAUUGAAUUAAAACUUGUACAGAACAAAACUGGAUGCAAGAGGGUUAAAGAAAAACCAUUCUCUGCAAAUCCGCUUUACCUAAUUUGUGUGAUACACGAAUUCUUCUCGUACGCCAGCCAGGGGAAGUGUGUGUUGAUAUCAAGCUGUUGGUACUUGGUACACUGAAAGUAGCAGAGAAAACUGGAGGACCCCAAGAAGAGUAAUCGUACUUGAAUUGGUCCUUUGUCUAAGGAGGUACAAAGACUUUAAUUUCUUCUUCUCCUGACCACCAAAUUAUUCAACUUUUCUUAUUACUGCACUCGUAUUAUAUAAACACGUGGCUCUCUAUGUUUCAUGGGUGUAGCCGGGCUUUUAAGCUUGUAAAAGGGUGGAUGAGUAUGUGGUAGCUGGAUUGGUGAUGAAAGGUUAGAUCUUUCAAGUUUAUUAAUUUUUUUCUGGGGUUAGGGAACAGGAGUUUAUGUGAAGUGGGGGGUUUGUGGCAUCUGAUUUUCGGAAUUUGGAGGUUAAUGGUUAGGGUUUUCAUGCAAAACAAGGGGAACCCAUAUCUCUAAUGUCUGAUUGUUGCUGAUUUUUGGGUAAGAAAAGGAAAAGAGGGAUAAGGUUUUGGAUCAUAUCUCUUGGAUUUGCAUUUCUUGUUUUAGAGAUCUCUCAGUCUGCAUCAGGAAACAAACAAAGAUCAAAGAGGGAAACGAAUCUGACAGUUUUGAUCCGGCUUCUCAUUGUUUGGUGCUUUUCACGAUCCCUCCUUUCAACAAAGCAGCAAGGAAGAUAAAGCUGCACAACAGCAAGGUUUAGCGAAGAAGACUUUUUCUGAUCUUCUUAUAUUUUGAUUCUCGAGAAGCAAUAAUGGCUAAUCGCUGGUGGGCUGGAAAUAUAGCAAUGAGAGGUGUUGAUCCAAUAACCCCACCUCCGAGUCUUCACUUGAGAAAUCCAGAAGAGGAACGCAGCGCUCUAUGUCGUCUCGGACCAAGAAGAGAGCAAGACUUCAUAGACAACAACACAAAUAGCACCACAAAUACCAACAACAGUAACGCAAGCAACGCCAACACCAAUAGCCCUAACGCCGCCAGCCACAACCAACAACACCAAGAUGUCCAAGAAGACAGCCGAGACAACAACGAAUCUGAAGACCAAAACUUGGGCCUUGAAGCCAUCGAACCAGGUUCCGGCUCAUCCUCUCGUCGACCCAGAGGAAGACCAUCUGGUUCGAAGAAUAAACCAAAACCUCCCAUCGUCAUCACCAAAGAAAGCCCUAACUCUCUCCGCAGCCACGUUCUUGAAAUCACAAGCGGCACUGACAUCGUUGAGAGCAUCGCGAAUUUUGCUCAGCGCCGCCACCGUGGCGUCUCCAUAUUAAGUGGAAGUGGCAUUGUGACCAAUGUCACACUCAGACAACCAGCAGCACAGGGUGGAGUUAUCGCUCUCCAUGGAAGGUUCGAGAUUUUGUCUUUAUCUGGUGCUUUUUUGCCGGCUCCAUCGCCACCAGGAGCCACGGGCUUAACCGUGUAUUUAGCGGGUGGACAAGGUCAGGUGGUGGGAGGAACUGUGAUGGGGGCUUUAAUGGCGUCAGGGCCGGUGAUGGUGAUAGCAGCUACGUUUACUAAUGCUACAUAUGAGAAGUUACCUAUCGAAGAUGAAGAACAGGCUGGUGGUGGAGGGUCAAUUGGACAGUCUCAGGGCUUGCAACUGCAAGGGAAUGAAAGUAAUAGCGGUGGUGGAGGAGGAGGUAGUGGCGGUGGUCAGUCUCAGAGUUUGAGCGGUGAGCAAGGUGGUUCAACAGCAAUGCCUAUGCCUAUAUAUAAUCUGCCUCCUAAUUUGCUGCCUAAUGGACAAAUGCCUCAUGAUGUAUUUUGGGCUCCUUCUCGCCCGCCUCCGUUUAACUAAUCAGAAAGAAGUAGAGUUGCCGGGGAGAUUGAGAGAACUGGGCUUUUGUAGCUGACUGGUUUUGUGCAAAAUGUACUGCUAGUUUAAUGUAAAAGUUAGCUAGAUUAUGAUGACUAUAGUUAUUUAGGUUUUGCCAUGUUUCGGGAACACGUUUGUUGUCUGCCUUUUUACUCUCUAAUCAACUCUUCUUUGUGGAAGAUUGUACCUGUGUAAGAUGUAGGAAUAGCAACCAUAGACAAGAAAAAUGGAGUUUGUGCUACUGAAAUUUAUGGCUCUUUUCUGUUGUGAGAUAGAUAGGGGAUGAGGUGAGGGAGAAAAUAGAGAGACGCUGGGGUUGAUUCAUCCCAAUUUUCCCCACAGUGGUCGUUUCAGUAAUUGAAGUUGAAUGGUUAACUUGAUGAUUGAACUGUGGAUUAACAUGAUUCACCGAAUUCAAGUUCGAUUCAAUCCAAUCGGAUGGUUAUAAUAGGUUAUAGCCAUAGCCUGGACCGGGUUUGUCACCUAUUCCCUGUGCUUUAUACAUGUUGGGGCCUUAGGGUUUGUGACUGAUUUUGAUAUAAAGCAACAUUCCUAUCCAAAUGUGUAAGUUUUCCUGACCAUUUGAAUACAAGACUAUUCUGGUAACGCCUAGCAUGUUCUACUUCA